UUAAACUUUUUAGAGCAAUACUUUAUUCUUUCCAUUAGCUCCUCUUUCCUUUUACCUUCUUUUUCCCUUGUACAUUUUCUUUUUAUUUUAUUUUUUUAUUAUAUAUACAUAUUUAUAUCAUGACUCCACCUACCACUGUAGAGGAACACCAAUAUACUCGAAAUCUCCAACGUAUGCAGUUAUUUGACAUAUCUGAAAAUGACGCGGCUAUGCAACACCAGUCUAAGCGCAGUAGCCCCAAAGAAAAUUUAGCCAACUUAACACAACACAUCUCCAACGAAGACCUUAAACAAGCUGUCCGCUUGGAAAUUAAGAAAAUGACUACUGAAUAUGACAGACUAAUUUCAAUGUUACAGCAACGCUCAGAAAUACUCGAGCAAGAAUACGAAAAUUUACAAAUGACAGAAGAUAAUUACCAGCGACGCUAUGAAAAAGCAGUUCGUGAAAUGCAGUUCUACAAGAAAAAAUACGACAAAGCAGCCGAGUUAAAUAAGCAAUUUGCAUCAAUGAAUGGCGGUCGACCUCGAAGUCCAUCGAUGGACUCAAACAAUUCAUUCUUAUUGGAUAAGUCACACUACGGUGCAACACCAACAAGUCCCCCGCCUUCAUCUGUUUCUGGCUCAGAAGGUGCACAUCAAGUAUACAACCUACCCCCUCCACCUAUGCCUACCUCACCGUUGUCACCAACUGAUAAAGUACGACAUCUUUCACGAUCCUCAUCCUCUUCCACCACUUCAUCCAAUGCAUCCGGCCCAUAUUGGUCUGCAUUUAACUCAGAACUCUCACCCGCGCCACCUGUUCCACGUCUUCGACAAAACUCUAAUAACGGUAGUGCAAGUGUUCAUUCGGCCAGUACUGAUGGUGAUAAUAUUUCCUUUUUGCAGGGCAGAAAAGGUUCCUGGCAACUCAUGCAAGCUGGUCCGGUACCCGCUUCUAUUGUUCCUGCUACUCCCAUUCCCACAGUCACUCGUUCAGCUACCACUACAAGUCAAGCUCCUGCUGUCGGUAUGGUAAACCCACAAGUCGUGCAACAACGUAGGGUAGACCCUAUUGCAUUUGGAGGCUCCGAUGCAUUUUGGGAAACCAUCGCCAAAAGUAAAACAACUGAUUCAACCAUUGAGAAAAUGAUUAGUAAUUUCUUAAGACGCGGUGGAUCACCAAAUACGGCAAAGCAAUCAUCCAGCCAAAAAGUAGUCAAAUAUGGUUAUGGUAUGCUUCAUACAUUAAUUGCAGUUAAAGCACCACAAUCUAUGGAAUUAUUGCUUGCUCACGGUGCCAAUCCCAAUGCAAUGACACUUAGUCAAACUGAAGAGGACAAAGUCACACCAGGUUAUUUAGCUGCAAGUUUGGGCUGGCUCCCAGGACUUCAGACAUUGGUAGAAGCUGGUGCAGAUCUUACAACUUCAAGAGGUGCAGUUGAAUAUAUUGUCUCCCUUACCCCACCAAAAUACCACAGCCAAGUCGAUAGCAUGGGCGCAAGCGCUUUACAUUAUGCGGCAGCAUCUGGUCAUACAGAUCUUGUUUUAUUCCUGGUACAAGCAUGUCAAUUACCAUUGGAACAAGCAGAUAUCCGAGGAGAAACACCGCUGCAUUGGGCAUCUAGACAAGGUCAUCUUGAAGUAGCCACGUUAUUAAUUGAAAGAUUUGGAUGUGAUUUUAACUCGUAUAUCCCUCGUAAAUUACCCACACCGUAUGAUUUAGCCAAAUCAGGAGGUCAUAAGAGACUUGUGGAAUAUUAUAAAAAGAUUGGAGGCUUAACCUCAAAAAAGAUGGAUAAGAAGAAGGAAGAAGAGUUGGCUAAAGUAGUACCAGUGCAUUUAGAAUCGGCUUUAUCAAAAAAUGGCUUAUUUGGUUUUUAAAAAAGGUCGUGUGCGAUUGCACUUUAAAAAAAAAUAAUAAAAAAAAAAUGUUACACCUUGUAUUUUACGCACACACACGCACACAACUUCGAGACCUAAAUUAGAUUUUCUAUGAUGCUUUUUACCUGUUUGGUGC